AUAUUUGAAACACUCUUUCGACGCGACUUGACGGGGAGUGCACGCAGCAUCCGUCGUAGUAAAUGCAAUCUAGUGCAGUACUACCCCAUGUUGCCGAAUUUGUUAAAUUCCAAUUCAGAAUCCAAGAUGACUGUAUGCUCACCGAGAACGAUCUCAUCACCCGCUGUGUCAUUAUAUAUCCCGUCCAACGAUACAUGCCGAUACGAGUGGCUCAUUAGAAAAACGAUAUCGCUGACACAACAUUCGUCGUCCUACAUGGCGACGCAAAUCGAGCUGCCGGUGGUGGAUAUCACUUGCAACUACAAUUUCUAUCGCUACAAAAGCUUUGAGGAGAGCUUGCGGGGCCGAUAUGGCACGAAUUAUCCUCCGGGUGAAGUGAUUCUGAAUUACAUUCAAUUAAAUACACCGAACUCGCACGUUUGGAUAGCGGACGAUGUCGGCGAAAGCGACGACCUCUUGGAUGUCUUUAAGAUGAACGACUUCGACACAUAUUCGUCAUUGAUGUCAAUCAAGUUAGAGACUGAAUAUCUGAAUAUUUUGGAUCACUUCGUGUGGAAGCGGCGAGAACGGGUUUUGACGGUGGGCAAAUUCACCGAGACUCCAUCAUUAUGCGAAAGAAACUCGAGAUGUCUCACCACGUCGUUGCAUGCAGCCAAUCCACUCUGA